AUGUUCUUAUUCAUUGUCUUUAUGCUUUCUACGAUCGUCGCCAGCACUGGCUGGCAUAUGGACGUAAACUACGCCGACGGGGCUACUGUAAAGCUUAAAGGCCAUACCAACUCUGGGUGUACGAAAUUCAAAAAGACGGGCUCUGAGAUCACUUCAGUAUUUUUCGACACUUCGUUGUUGGCGGAUACCUUUGUUCUCUACGGUGAGGAUGGCUGCAAGGACGAAGUAUACAAGGGGAAGAAGGGGAACAAUAAUGUUCCUAACGAUUACUAUGCGGCUUAUAAGGUGUAUUAA